AUGGCAUCGCGGCUGCUGUCUCGCUUGAAGCGCUCGAUCUUUAAAGAUGGCCAAGGAGCGGUGCCUGAGCAAACAGGGGAACGGGAGGAUGUUUGCGAGGCGGAACUGGAAGAGGAAGAUGAGUGUGUGACGGAGCAACUGGUUGGAACGCUGUCCUUCGACGACGGUGGAGCGGCUGAGGAUGGAGUGGAAGAGGAGGGGUCAGGCUUGGAUAGUGACUCUGAUUUCCUGGGCGAGUCACUUGAGGAGGAGGGGCUUUGCAACACAGGUAAGGUUGUGUGUAAGAAACCACAACAGAAGAGAAAUGUUUUUCUUUUGUUUCAAGGAAUUGGGGUUGGAGUUGGCCAGUCGGAGAGCUUGUCGUUUGAGGUGACGGAUGCCAGUGUGGUUCAGGACGUAUCCUCAAAAUAUGUGCUGUACACCAUUCACGUCGUCCAGGCGGGAAACAGUGACAAGACCCCAGCCGUCAUCACCCGCCGUUACUCCGACUUUCAGCGGCUGCACGCUACCCUGCGCCAUCACUAUCGAGACCAGAUGGAGCGUGUGUGUUUCCCGCGGAAGAAGCUGCGCAGGAAUUUUACAGCUGAGACCAUUGCCAAGCGGAGCCGUGCCUUCGAGCAGUACUUGACGCAUCUCUGCUCCAUACCAGACCUGUGGGGGGCGCCCUCUGUACGAUUCUUUUUUUACUUGCCAGAUCUCCAGACUGGACAGCUGCUCGUCAGUGUGGGCCGCUACCAGGAUGCUCUAGGACCACUGCUCAAUGCUAAGAGGCUGCAAGACAAACUGGGCAAGCCCCUGGAGCCCCUUCAUUGGCUCUUUACACUUGUGGCUCUGUGCUGUUGCUUUCAAGAAGUGGAGCAGCUAGAAGAAGCUAGGGAUCAAUGUGACCAAGCCCUCCACCUUCUAAUCCCAUCAGAGAGGACACACUUAGACAGGCCCCAUCCACUGCUUCCACCACUGUUACGGGCCGUGGUGCGCUUGUCGUGGCAGACAGGACAAGACAAGCGGCGAUGGGAGGAGCUUUUGCACACGCUGGAGGAGAAGGGGGUGGGGCAGGACAACCAGACAACCAUGAAGGAGUUUUUGGUCAAAUGUAACUUGCAAGACAACCAAAACGACACAAUAUAA